ACAAGCGCCCGAGGGUGGAGGUGUGCAUUUCCGGAGCUCGUCGGCGGAGCUGGAAGAAAACGGCAAGCCAGCCAUAUGCCGUCGCAUGCAAGCCGUCUCCUAGCUAUUCCAGUCUAGUCCAGUCCGUGGUGCAGUGCAGAAUCGAGCAGCAGCUACAUCUCCAAACAGUGCAGCCGUGUCACUGUCCUCGAGCGAGAGCAGCGAGAGAAGACGACUCGCUCCGCAACACCCACCCCCCACCCUCUAACUUAGCUCGGAUCUGACUCGACGAGGGAAAGCGAGGCCAUGUCGUCCGACGAUUCGUUCCGUGGCAUGGUGAGUGUCACGGUCAUCGAGGCCACGGGCCUAAAGCCCGUCACCCGCCCGGGAGGCAGCGUCCUCACCGUCGACAACAUGAACCCUUACGCCGUUAUCGACUUCGACGACUUUUACUUCGGGAAGACGAACAGCCGGAAGGGGACAAGCAACCCCAUCUGGGGCGAGAUCAUAGAAGAGAGCGUGGAAGACGCGCAGAGGAUGCAGGUUACGCUGUUCAGCGCCUCCUCCAUCCCUCCCGACACGUUUCUGGCCCACGUUAUGAUCGAGACGUCGGAGCUACGCAGCUUCACGCGUCAAGGCUUUGACGAACACGAGUAUAAACUGGAACCCGAUGGAAAGAUUCGCUUCAAGAUUUCCUUCACUGAGCAUUGGACUGGGACGAGACAGAAGUUUGUUGCACGGAGUCAGAUGCUGCGCGGUCACAGAGGAGCUGUGAGGAGAAAGAUUCACAUCGUCAACCAUCACAAGUUCAUGGCCACCUUCCUAAGACAACCCUCCUUCUGUUCCCACUGUGAUAGCUUCAUAUGGGGGGUAGUGAACAAGCAAGCUUAUCAGUGUAAAGUGUGUAAUCGAGUGGUGCACAAAAGAUGCCACCAAUCUGUCCUCACACAGUGCACUGGAGUGUUAGAAGAGCCACAAGACGAUAAGGAGCUGGCCCGGCAGGCUCGGUUCAGCAUCAACGUGCCCCACAGGUUCAAAGUCCACAACUACAAACGUUUCACGUUCUGCAGCCACUGCGGUUCCCUCCUCUAUGGCCUCUACCGACAGGGUCUCAAGUGUGACACGUGUGGAAUCAACGUCCACAAACGUUGUGAGCGCAACGUUCCCCACAACUGCGGCAUCAACUCCAAGGACCUGGCCAAGGUCAUGGAGGAAAUGGGAGUCACUCCAGACCAGCUCAAGGGGAAAAGCUCAACGGUAAGUCGUCGCUCCACAGCCGGCUCGGUCUCCUCCUCCCACGACUCUGAGUCCAUGUCAGAGAGAAACGGUCUUCUCGAGCGGCCGUCCAUCCCCGCGCCCACCCUCCAACUCCCCAAACCGGUCGUCCUCCCCAACAACGACGAGAUGAAAAUAAUGAGUCUAGCCGACUUCACGUUGCUCAAGGUCUUAGGCAAAGGGAGCUUCGGAAAGGUAAUGCUGGCAGAGCUAAAGGACAACCCGGACCAGGUCUAUGCCAUAAAGAUCCUCCGGAAAGACGUCAUCAUUCAAGACGACGACGUGGAGUGUACUCUGACAGAGAAGAGGGUUCUGGCACUAGCUGGUCAACACCCUUACCUCACAUCUCUGCACUCCUGCUUUCAGACCAGGGAGCGACUGUUCUUUGUAAUGGAGUAUGUCAACGGAGGAGACCUCAUGUUCCAGAUCCAGAGAGCUCGCAAGUUUGAUGAGGACAGAGCGAGAUUCUACUCAGCCGAGAUCAUCCUUGCACUCCUCUUCCUGCACAACAGAGGCAUCAUAUACAGAGACUUGAAGUUGGACAACAUUUUGCUAGAUUCCGAGGGUCACGUGAAGGUCGCCGACUUUGGCAUGUGUAAGGAAGACGUCAGAGAUGGACGACUUACCUCGACAUUCUGUGGCACUCCAGACUACAUCGCCCCUGAGAUCCUAAGAGAAGAAGACUAUGGUGCGUCAGUAGACUGGUGGGCCCUCGGAGUGCUAAUGUACGAAAUGAUGGCGGGGCAGCCCCCCUUCGAGGCUGACAAUGAGGACGAACUGUUUGAAGCCAUUCUGAACGACGAAGUCCUCUACCCAGUGUGGCUGAGCCGAGAGGCAAACUCCAUCUUGAGAGGAUUUCUGACCAAGAACCCCACGCGGAGACUCGGCUGUCAGCCAGGCAUCGGAGAGAGACAGAUCAAGGGCCACGCCUUCUUCCGCAGCAUCCACUGGGAGAAACUGGAGAAAAGAGAGGUUCCCGCACCUUUCAGGCCACAAGUGAGGUCGAGAAAAGACUUCAGUAAUUUCGACGUGGAUUUCAUCUCAGAGCAGCCGCGACUGACCCCAAUUGAUGACAAGGUCACCCAAUCUCUCAGCCAGGAAGAGUUCAUUGGGUUCACCUUCACCAACUCCGAGUUUCACGAACCGUGAGUUGUGGGCGUGGCCAACUGUGUGACUUGACCUUUGACCUCUCGAGGCAACCGUAAUUGCACACGGCCAUAGUACAUCUAAACUAACACAUAGUCAUAAGGAGUAUAUUGUCAUGCCAUAUUUUGUCAAUCCUGUCAUUAUAAUAAAUAUAGUCACAGUUAUUUUGUGUGUUGUUUGGUGUCGUUAAAAUAAAGAAAUGUUUGUGUUGCUACUGUUUACACGUGUUGUUUAUUCGAUGAUACGUUGCUAUGAUUUUGCGGAUGUAGUCGUCCAUUAUCUGUGAUACCAGUGCAGUUUCAGUGGAUGAUCUUUUGUUCGACGUGUCACUGCCAUUAUAAUUAUUGCGGAAACUUGAAAAAUGGAUAGUGAUUUUUUUAAAUUUCAGUACAUAAAAUUGACACUUGGGCAGUACAUAAUACAAAAGUGAGAUGAAAAGAGUGUAGUGGGUAAACCCCUGCAAUUAAUGUCCUAAUUCGACCGUCUUUUCCUCAAUAUUUUGAACCCCUUCAUUUGGAUGAGGUAACUAGCACCAGACAUUACCGUGGAAACCGCCGUCGUCACCCUGAGGAAGGAGAAAAAGGCUUUAUAUACUCUGUCACAACUAAACUUGAAAGAAUAGACCCUAACCAACGUGGCCAAGAAUAUCCAGCCACUAUGUUUUUGCUUCAAACAGGCAAUAUUAUAUAUACGUAGGCAGUAGUGUGUAGCACAUUAUUACACAGAGACACAAGAUAAUCUUUGAAGUAUAUACAACCACUAAACGGCCAUGUUUAAAUGCCUGUAAAAAUACAGUGUUCCAAUUUGCCUUUCAAAACACUUUAUUGGCUCAUCCGACUUACCUGUCUUUUACCAACUGGCUAAAUGACAU